AUGAAAUUGAGCUUGAUAUUCGCUACUAUUGCAUUAGCCUCCACAGCGCUGGCUGCGCCCGCUGGGUCGCCCGAAGUAAAGCGCAGGGAAGCGGAAGCAAGAGACACGGCUGAUAUGAAACGAGAGGCAUACCGACCAGAUUGGAAGCGUGAAGCUAUGUCGGGAGUGGCCGCUGACUGGAGGCGCGAGCCCGAGGCUAUGUCAGGCGUCGCAGCGGACUGGAGACGUGACCCCGAAGCGAUGUCUGGAGUAGCUGCUGACUGGAGAAGGGAGCCUGAGGCCCUCUCAGGAGUUGCUGCAGACUGGAGAAGGGAGCCCGAGGCGAUGUCAGGUGUAGCGGCCGAUUGGAGACGUGAUCCAGAAGCGAUGUCAGGAGUAGCUGCAGACUGGAGACGUGACCCCGAAGCAAUGUCGGGUGUUGCUGCUGAUUGGAGGCGAGACCCUGAAGCCUUAUCGGGAGUCGCGGCCGAUUGGAGACGCGAUGAAUGA